AUGCCAAUUGUCACUCCGCCCAAGGCGCAAAGCGCAUCGCCCUCCUCCGCUUCAUCCUACACCACGGCCGAGGUCAGCCAAAUCGUGACUUGGAACUACAAUGAUAUCACCUUCCUCAUUUUGCACCUCAAGGAACUCAAAGCGGAAGGUAAAAGCAUCGAAGUGGGCUUUGAACCCGAACCCUGGAGAUCCAUCGCCAUGACUUUCGAAGAUCCCCUCAAAGACGAGCAGUCUUGUCAACGAAUGUGGUUGAAGUUGAAGAAAGAGUAUCAUGAAUUCAAGUGCUUUGUCGGAAUGCCCGGUUUCCGCCUGAAUAAGGACGAUUUGCCUGUUGCGGCUCCAGAGGUCUGGGAGGAGUUCGAGAAGAAAUACCCAGAGAGGAUUAAAUGGCGCACAACUCGGUUCCCGUGGAUGUAUUCGAUUCUUCAAAUCAUUGAAGACUUUGGCGUCGAGCCCGAAAAGACACUUGUGGAGCGCAAAAGCAAGUUUCACGCCCGUUUCCUCGAAGGAAGUGGUGAUUCCGAGUCCCCGGCUGUUCAGAAGCGUCACAUUGAGACCACUCCUCCUCCCCCUUAUCGACCUAUGAAGAAACAAAAGACGAAGUCCUUGGACGCUACCGAUGAUGACUUGAGGGCCCUCGCCGAGGACUUGUCGAAAAGUUCUCCGUCAACGAUUCCAAAGAUGGCUCCCAAGGCAGUCCCUGAGAGAAAGGAAGAUAUCGCAAUCAUCAUGAAGACUUUACACAGAGUUCAAGAAGAGACAUGCUUGACCGAUGAUGGUGUCUUGUUCAUGCUGGAUAUUUUGGGGGCGCAGGCUCCGAUGGCUAGGAAAUACAUGGCGUUUAGGAAAGAUUCGACUCGAGUUGCAUGGUUGAGGCAGCAGUUGAAGAACAGCAAGGAGGACUUGAGUGAUUUGUUUAUUGAGCAAGAUUAGGGGUCAUGGGUCUGGGCUGUGUAUGAGUAAUUCUCUUGUCAGCAU